AUGACGACAACCACAACAGGGGCUUCAUCUGAUGCACAUAUUUAUCCAGGAUUCAAACUACGCGCAUAUAUUCACAUUCGUGGACAAGCACGCGCGCAACGUGUCGUCUGCCUCGCUCGUUCACACACUCGUAUACUCCAAGCAGAUCUAACCUUUUAUUUCAAUCUCUAUAUUUGUUGCAGACAGCGUGUUUCUGUUCUCAGACUGCCUGGUCUAUCUAUCUAUCUAUCUAUCUAUCUAUCUAUCUAUCUAUCUAUCUUAUCACAGUCAAUAUCUAUCUAUCUAUCUAUCUAUCUAUCUAUCUAUCUAUACCAACUUAAAACUAGCACUAGAGUCAAGACCACUUCAUUAGCGAAGUUUACUGGCAUCUAUCUAUCUAUCUAUCUAUCUAUCUAUCUAUCUAUCUAUCUAUCUAUUUGCGUGUAUACACUGGAAAAUAAAUUUCUUUAUAUUAUCUUCUCCUAA